AUGUACUUGGUGAUGAAGAGAGCUGCUUGCAAAACAUCAAGAAUCUAUAUAGCUUUUGUGAAUUGGAAUGAGCAGGUACAAUUUCACCCCUCAUCAUUUACCACGGUAGCACAAUAUUCAUUUAUUCUGUAUCGCAUUUUGCUUGUGAUAGAUGCUAUUUUAAUUCAAAACGAGGAAUUUUAUUUCCCUAUGGUAGUUGGAUCUUCCGACAAAAAUGGAAACAUGCUUAAAAGAAGAUUACAGCUGAAUAAUGUGACGCCUUGCAUGGGAACUCUUGUAAAACUGUUGCUUGCUAGGGGAUGA